ACACGCUUGUCAUUUUGUAGCCUUUCUCAACCCCCAAAUGGAACCUUCACUAGUUCCGCCCACCGCUAUCUCUGUCCUGCUACUCCUCCUCCUCCUCACUCCGGCCGCUGCCUGGCGCCCUUGGCCUCAUCUCGCCCAAUCCAACGCCUCCGAUGACGCCCUCGUCGCCGACUCCAAGAAAUACGAGGGUUCGUCGGAGUUCGUUCACUUGAAGUACCACAUGGGCCCAGUUCUCACCGCUAAUAUAACCGUCCACAUUAUCUGGUACGGCACGUGGCAGAGGAAUCAGAAGAAGAUCAUCCGCGAGUUCAUCAACUCCGUUUCCGCUCCCCAUUCCAAAUCCCCGUCUGUCUCUGGCUGGUGGCGGACUGUUCAGCUCUACACUGACCAGACCGAAGCCAACAUUUCGAGCACGGUUCGGCUCGGCGAAGAGAAGAAUGACCGGUUUUACUCCCACGGAAAAUCGCUGACCCGGAUGUCCAUUCAGUCGGUGAUUAAAAGUGCCGUCACGGCGAAAUCUCGGCCCCUGCCGAUUAAUGCCCGGAACGGACUCUACCUUUUACUCACCUCCGAUGACGUUUAUGUCGAGAAUUUCUGUGGGCAGGUUUGUGGGUUUCAUUACUUCACGUUCCCUUCAAUUGUAGGUUAUACACUGCCCUACGCUUGGAUUGGGAACUCGGAGAAGCUUUGUCCCGGUGUUUGUGCUUACCCAUUCGCGGUGCCGAGUUACAUUCCGGGGCUGAAGCCGAUGAAAUCGCCGAACGGCGAUGUUGGAGUGGAUGGAAUGAUCAGCGUGAUAGCUCAUGAAGUGGCGGAGUUGGCAUCGAACCCACUCGUGAACGCAUGGUACGCAGGCGGAGACCCGAUAGCGCCGGUGGAGAUUGCCGAUCUCUGCGAAGGGAUUUACGGGACCGGAGGAGGAGGGUCAUACACGGGCCAGUUGAUGGACGGUCAUNUCGUUCCAAAUCCCGAUUUUACGUGUGGACUACCCCAAAGUUCAUAA